AUGUCGGGUUCCACAAUCUCGCGAGACGAGUUUCUCAAAUACGUCCGUGCCUUCAAUGCCCAUGACUUUGAGGUGCAACACGGCUAUUAUCACGAAGAUGUCACCUUGGACCUCCCAGACCCUCAAACCCCGCUGCUGGUAGGGUCCGAGGGCAUCAAGUCGCACUACAUUCCACUCUUUGAAGUCGCAGACGAGGUCCUCGUCCCGCUGGUGGUGGCCAUUGAUGGCCACAAUAUCUUUUACAUCAUGGAGUGCUACUUUACGUACAAGAAGAAGCUCCCCCACGGUGUCUUUGGACACGCUGUAGAGCCUGGAGAUAUCGUCAAGAUUCAAGUCUGGGCUCACUAUGUCGUUGUGGACGGAAAGAUGAAGACAAUUGUCUGCAAUCUACUAAAAGAUACCUUUCUGGGCAAGGCAAACUUGGAGGAGGCUCUCGCGGAAAGCAGAAGCAGGGCCGACGAAGAGCUGAAAAGCUUUUACUAG